AUGCAUAACUGGAAUGCCUUACGGCAUACACUGUCGAUGCAAGAUGGAUGUCUGUACUAUGGCCACAGAAUCGUUGUUCCAAAGUCACUUCUUGGCGCCGUACUGAAGCAACUCCGCGAUGGACAUCUGGGAAUGACAAGAAUGAAAAUGCUUGCAAGAGGAUAUGUGUAUUGGACGAACAUCGAUAGAGACAUUGAGGAAAACGUGCAAAAAUGCCGUCACUGUCAAGAAACAGCCAAGAUGCCAAGAAAGACGAUUCUAAGCUCAUUGUCUGACGAGACAAAACCAUGGAAUCGAGUUCACAUCGAUUUCGCCGGACCCAUCAAUGGAAAGAUGUACCUCGUGGUUGUUGAUUCGUACUCCAAGUGGCCAGAGGUCCUCGAUAUGUCGUCGUCCACAGUAAAAGCAACUUUGAGAGAACUCAAGAAGCUGUUUGCACGAUUCGAAAAUCCGAGAGUGAUUGUGUCGUACAAUGGAACACAGUUCACAUCAAAAGAGUUUCAAGAGUUCUGCGAGAAACAAGGCAUAGAACACAUCCGCUCCUUCCAUCCGCAAUCAAACGGACAAGCUGAGCGUUUCGUCGACACGCUGAAGAGAACUUUACUCAAACGGAGGGAGGAGAGAAGUCAGAACCCCAGGGUUUUUAAAAUGCUAUCGAAGGAGCUGUGUACCAUAAAUUCCGAGCGACUUUCUUCAGAAGAGUUAUUUCUUGGACGUCAGCUACGGACAACCUUGACGCUGCUGAAGGAAGAAAUAAGAAAUGAAAAGGGAUCACGCAAGACAAGGAUGGAAAGACAGUGUAAUCUUCACCAUGGUGCACGUGAAAGAUCGUACCAAAUUGAAGAUCCAAUCUAUAUUCGGAACUAGCGUCCUGGACAUCAAAAGUGGAUUCCUGCCCACGUGAAAAACCGUUAUGGACGAGUACUGUACGACGUUUUGACGGAAGACGGACAAUUGUGGAGAAGACACACCAACCAAAUGCGAACCGGAUCACAACCAAGUGCCACUGAUCAAGCAAAGAAAACAGUUGGUGAACCUUCCCAGUAUGAAAAUCCACAAGAAAAGUAUAAUGUAGUACAUAAUGAAGAAGUGCAACCCACAAGAGAUUUCAGCGAUGAAAUUAUGGAUCCAAAUGCAACCGCCACAGUAUUGGAUAGAAUGAACCGACAACGCCGUCCACCCGAUCGUCCUCAAGUACGCCCGAGGACGAAGACAUAUGUGUGAUGACAUAUAUGUGAUACAUUCAUCAUAGGGGGGGGGAGGUGUUGGGGAAUGAUAGUAGUGUUUACUAUCAUGCCGUAUCAUUGUGUAUAAUAGAGUGUUCUGUUGAGUAUGGUUCAAUCUUUGUGCUAACUCCAGUAAAGGACUCUACUAGUCGUUUGUGGAGUUACAACAGUAUGAAUCAUAGAUGUCUCGUUUUUUGAUUUUUUUCACUCUUUUCAUCAAAAAUAA